AUGAGUCGGUUGUUCGUCGAACGCUGCCUGUUGGCAGUCAACGAUCCCAUGAUUAAACACCACCUGACGCUGGUCCGUUAUGACGUAGUGAUUGGUCAGAGUUUCGACUUAUGUGCUUACGCGUUGCAGUCGAUGACGAACAGCCGUAAAUUUGUAGCCGUCGCCGCCGGAGUGUACGUGUUGCCGUUCACAGGUCUAGCGGCCGGUGUUCCGGACAAUCCGAGUUUCAUUCCUCAGACGAUGACGACGUACAGCGAUCAUAUGUCUUUUGUCAAACGUCUGGCAAACUCUGUGAUCGCCUCCGUCAUCAGAGUUUUAGUUCGAACCAAGCUGUUAAAAUAUCAGUGCGAGAUGAUGCGGAAUGUUUCUCGUAGCAUCGACGACGCCUGCUGGUCGGUCAUGAAAACAACGACAGCGCUGAUGCUCAACGGAGAUGGUCCAAUCGACUUUCCACGACCGUUGGUUCCGCGAAUGUACUAUAUGAGUGACCUGGAGAUAGAAAGUCAGGUGGUGCUGAGUAAGCGGAUAUACGCAUUAAGAAAAGCGCAGAGCUAUCAACAGACCAUCGCCUUGCUGUUGACAACCGUCGAUGUAACCGACGAAGCACUGUGCGAAGACCUGGCGGCAGAGGCAACCAGAGAUGCAAGUGGAAAACUUUAUGUUCUGCGGAUACGAAGUCAAAACUUUGAAAAAAAACGUCGCAACACAGUUUGA